AUGAUGGAUGAGCUGGUGCAGGACCUGGUGUCUGCACUGGAGCAGACCUCAGAACAGAAUAAGCUGGGGGAGCUGUGGGAGGAAAUGGUCCUGAGUCCUCUGCAGCAACGCCGUCAGAUCCGCCGUCGCAGAGGCCGUAAGCGUUUUCGUGAGUCCACCCUCUAUCCGAUAGACCACAGACGAUGCUGGAUUGAGGCAUCUGAGUCCAGUUUGGACGAGGCUAAAGAAUACAGGGAGAACAUCACUUCUUCCGUGGCCAACUGCAGUGACUCUGAUGAUAUGACUGCAUCCACCCGAUGGCCGUCCCUCAUGAGAGGCUCGGUCAGGGCAAGGCAGUCCUCCUGGCCAGAGUCUGACUCCUUCACUGAGAAUAACCCCGGACGGCCACUCAGGAGGCGGAGGAAAGUGAAACGUAUGACCUCAAAUGUAACUGUCAGACUGCAGCCCACUUUAAAAGGUCCUGGCUUGGAUAGGAAACAGAGGAAUAGGCCGUCUAAGGUGCGGCACCUGUCAGGAUCGAAGAAGCGGUCUGGUGGUUGGAUGGGCGCAGACAGAAAGACUGAAGGAGCCAGACUGAUGGGAAAGGAGUGCUGGAAAAGAAAGAAAGAGCACAGAGAUGCUGCCGACGAGAACAUGUCUGAUGGGGAAACCAGCAGCACAUGCAGCAGUGACCCUGGUCUGUUUACCAAUGAUGAAGGAAGACAAGGUGAUGACGAGCAGAGUGACUGGUUCUUCGAGGGGGAGUGCGGAGUUGGGACGGGUGUGGCUGGCCUGCUGCCCAGCUGGGACUCUGACAGCCAGCUUCCUCUUGAGGACAACCAUACCUCAGCCACUUUCCUGCAACCUGCACGACGCUCUGACCGAGGGUAUCAUUCACGUCUUAAACGACUGGCUGGCUCUGCUUCAUGCUGCGUCAGGAGGGAUAGGAGACGGCCUCCCACCAAGGGCAGCAGCAUGCCAGUGUUUGUAGAGCGACUCAGACACUUUUCCCAGGAUCCCUACCAGAGAGACUUUUGGUUGCCUUCUGUUGGAAAACGAGACCGAAGCCAGAUGAACCCUUUGUGCCCAUUACCAGUGCGUCCUAUUGACAUGGUGUCAGAGAGCCCCCAUCUCAGAUGUUCCUCCUCGGUCUUCAGAAACAGGCAGACUAAUUUCACUCCAGGACUGUUGUGCACAGGAGAAAUGAGGAAGCGGAGGGAAACAGAAGCUGUAUCCAUCACAACAUCAGCUUGCAACCCUUUCUACAUGGAUCACCAGAGAGAAGCGGCACAAGGGGCCGGUAACACGCCAACCCUCGAAGCUGUGGGACCAAGUGCACCUGGGUCACAGUCCUCCACUUCUGUUCAGCCUGAGAGUUUAUCUUUACUCCAGUAGAAUUACAAGGACACCUGAACGGGACUUGAGAAGCACAUCUUAAGUCUGGAGGAAAGUGACAAAAAGAAGCUAUUGUGCCAGAGAAUAAAAAGGCUUGAACUCCUAUUGCUGCACAAACUUUAUAACAAAGAAAAAAAAAAAUACAAAGCACAUCAUUAGUCUUCAAAUCAGCAUGUUACUGCUAGAUCCAGUCCUUCCAGGUAGUAUAUUAAGCAUGACAAAUGUUAAUGCAAUCAAGCCUUGUUAAGCCCUCUGCCAUCUCUUCAAGGAAGAAGGCAGCUUCAAGAGGCUCCUCGUUUCACUCCAGACUCUGCAGCUCCUCCUGUUUCCAAACAGAGUUUCCAGGCCACCUGCUACCACACAAUCCAACAAUUAUGUCCACUCUAGUAGCGCAGCAUUUGUCAGCAGGAACCUUGGGAAGGAUGGUCGGGUGAGGAUGGGUGGCUAGGGGGUGUCCGCUCUGUUCUAGUGCAGCCAGCAGUGGCUGUGCAGCAACACAGGCUCUGAGACACAAGAGCAUCGCAAUGUUUAGCUACCACAUGCUGCUACAGGGUUCAGAGAGGCGACCACCGGUAGCGAGCCGCACAAAGUACAGGCCUCCUAUUAGCAUGGAUUUGAAAAGCUACAGUCGGUACAAAGGUGCUCAUUAGCACAACACAGAGGGAGUGUAGUAGCGGUCCUCGGAGGGCUGCCUCUGUUCUCUCCAGGUUACCUUCUAUAUUCAAAUUUCCCCAAAUGUAUUUAAAGUUCAAGGCCAGCUGCAAAUCUGUUUGAACAGCCUGUUUUUCAGCUGUGCUGGAUGAGUUGCUUUUGGAACUGUGUAGAAAGAGCAGAGAGCCAAACAGAGAGGAGUGGAGAAGCUCUAGGAGAUGGGAGUGGACAGCCAUGCACAGUAUUUUCACCUACCCUUGGGGUAUACAUUUCCCCACCUCCCUCAGCAUCAGAUGCAUUAAAAGAUCAAUGGCAGCACACAGUGAGAUCAAAAACAUUCGUACUGGCCAAGAUGGUAAACAACCAUAUUUUUUUUUUUUUUAUAAAAAGAAAAAAUGCUAUACAUGUAGUGAUAUACAUUCUGCUCAACAAACCGUGUAGAUGAUAAAAAUAAAAACAAAUAUGCCUGCGUACAGCCUAACUCGCUCCAUUUAAAUGUCUUAAAAAUGUAUUUUACAAGGAAAUGUUGACCUGAAGUAAAACAUCAUUUUUGAUGUUUUCAAAAAAGUUUAAUGAAUCUAAAAAAAAGUAACAUGUAUGCACUUUCUAUACUGAUUACGAGAUAUCGUCUUAGUAAAAUGAAGUGCAUAAUCAUCAGCUAAAGUCUUUUCAGACACUUGAAAGCCUUAUUUAAGAGAAGAAUCGCAUUUAAUAGAAUGAGAUUUGCCAAUUAACAUGAGUUAUAUGUCUGCAAUAAUCCGUCUGAGAAGGCUUUAUGUGAUCAUGUUGGAGGGGGGGAUGACAUUUAUAAAUGCUGUGUGUGCACACUAGUCUAAAUGGAUGCCUCACACAAGACAUCCUGCCACAGAAAUCAGUCAAAGUGCAGAGAGCACCCCACCCCUCUCCCUGGCUACUGCUGCUUUUCCUUCUGCAGAUUAUCCAGGGAGUCCAGCAGUUGUUCGCUCUUCCCAAGCCAGGGUAAGAGCUUACGGGACACACCUGAUUAAUAGGAAUAACUGGACAAAAGAGAAAAGCUUCUGAUAAAUACAUUGAUGGGUUCUUCAAGAUACAUGCUCCUGAACUUGUUGACAGGUAUUGAGCGUGCAGUGUUUUAAGGAGAGCUUUGUGCUGUUGCUUCAUCCGACAGUAUGUGUUUUGGUGCCAGGGCACUGACAGGGGAGGAAGAUGUAUCAGGUCCAAUACAGUUCCAUUAGUAGGAGAGAGGCACACCUUACCUGCCACCAUGGUAAUUAACAGUCACUGUAAUGUCAUCUCAGCCAGACCUUAUGCCCCAAAAGGAAUUUCCAAUGGCUAGGAAAUGGUGGAAUGGCAUCCGUGCAGCCAGUCAAUUGUCCUGUUACAGUUAAGGAAUCCAGCAGGCUAGUACCACUCAUAUUUCAUCCCAGGUAAAGAUUACCUGUCAGACCCAUGGGAGAUGUAUUGAUCUGUUUUCCUUUUUCCGCCAGCAAUCAUCUGACAAAGGCACCUGGGAGGUGAAUGAAUGAGUGAUGCCUGGUCUGUCUGCUUCACCGUGGUGGCUUCUAGUGUCCACCGAUGGGUGGAGAGGUGAUGAGGAAGAGGAGAGAUAAUGCAGUCAUAAACUCUGUUUGAACCUCCUCUGUAUGCAUGCAUGGCAGCCCCUUUGAGUCAAGGGUCACAGGUCAGUGAGGAAUUUGCCCCCCCCCCACGCGUCUUUCUUGUCAGUGGCAUUUGUUCUUGCUGUGUGGACUGAUGAUAGAAAGACAUGCAAAAGAGGCUCUCUGGUUCCUGCUGACAAAUGCAUGUUGCGAGCUUUGGAUUUCAAAAAUGAUCCUUUCAGAUCUGGACGCCCUUUUAGUGACAUAAUCUGGCCUUGUGGUCUCAUGCUCUCCUGCAACGAUCACAGUGGCACUGAUCAACAUAUUUUACAUAAUAGUAUAUUUUCUUGGCAGCUAAAAGUAUUAAGAUAUUUACCUUGUUCAGUAGAAUGUCACAGUUGAUACUAUCCAUGAAGCCAUGCAUUUAAAGGAAUUGCUCUGCAUAAAAUGUGUAGUAUUUAUGAUGUGAUGAUUAUAGUUCCAUUAAUUAAGGAUUUAGGCGUGAGGACAUUUAAUUCAUGAAUGCAAUUUCAUGAUAGAUAGUAGAGUAGAUAUGUCUCUCUAAUUUUUUACUAUCAUAUUUUUAAUUUCAUUUACAGGGAUUUAAAUAUAUCUAGCUGAUAUCAGGGGCCCAAGGCAGCUAUCCACAUUUGAUACGUAGUACAAAUAGCAUCUUAUCUCACAGGCUGUUAUCUUUAUGUUUAAUAGCAGUGGGGGCAUGCCUAAUUGCUUUGCAAAUGAUCUGAAGAGGAUUACGCCACCCUUAGAAAGCCUGCACCAUGUCACUAGAUCUUAGAGAGACAUUACAAUGGUAAAAUUCAAUCAAAUCAGCAGUGCAGUGUUGCAGCUCUGUUUCCAGGAUCAUCGCCUCAUGUCUGUGUCAAAAAUAAAUUCUGGGAACAGUUGGGAACACUGUGCAAUGGAGGAAACUUGGGUAACAUCAUUAUGGACUAAUCUGGAUGACAAGCUGUUUUUAGGAAAGUGUUAUUCCACUUGUGUAAAUUGUGUAUUUUUAAAAGUGAUAAUGGGAUUAUUAAGGAUGUCUUGCCUUUAUGCCAUAAGUGAUAUAUGUGAUGUAUUUAUUCUUCCAUGUCAGUAUCAAUUCAUUUUGAAUACUGAAUUUGUGUGCAAUAAAUGAGUUU